GAGAGAGGAGAAGAGCUUCUAUAGACACCACACGAUACUUUGAGGAACCAACCACUAAUCCAUCAGCAGAUUGAGAAGACUUCAUUCAUUCAUUUGAUUCAAUCACAACUUGACACUUCAUUUAGAAAAAACAUGCUUAUUAAAGUUAUGCUAUGUGCGUCAUUCUUGACUCUCUCAGCCAAUCCACUCCAUCGUAACACCAGAGAAGCUCCUUGGGCAGACUCCAGAAUAAACCAGGCCCAUGAUAAAACUGAAGUAUCCAAGAGCAUGGAUUCAAAUUACAAAAGCCACAUAGACAGCAGCAGUCUGUACAGCCAGGAAGAAGAGGCCAAACACCCUGUGGCUGCAGAGGUUCAGCACAAACUGAGUCUGGAGUCAGAGCGUUUGAGAGUGCGUCUUCACCAGGAGCUGGCAGAGCUCAGGGAGAAGCUGUCUCCGUCUACAUCCCACGUCAGCUCCACUCUGAGUGGCCUCAGAGAACGACUGGCUCCCCUGAUGUUGCAGCUCCAGACCUCCCUCAGCUCCAGCACCCAGGAGUUGUGUGUCCAAGUGCGUUUGCACAUGCAGAGCAUGGAGAGCGCUGAAGCUCCGGCUGAUGACAGCCAAAAUCUUCAGCAGAAGAUCUUACAGAGAAUAAGCCAGACUCUGGACCAAAGCAGCUCCAAGAUGGAUGCCAUUGUUCAGAACUUUGACAGUGAAGCCAGCAAGGUAUUGGGACAAUUCAAAGAUUCUGUUGGGUCUGAAGGAGGGAUUACCCAUUCAGAAAUGUGGCAGAAGUUUAGCUCUAAACUAGCACAAGAAGUGAGCACACUGCGGGUAGAGGCACACAACAGAGCUGGGAUGCUUUUGGAAGAGUUAUCUUCUCUGCAAACAGCCUCACAGGGCUAUGAAGCCAAUAUGAGUGCAAAGAUGGAGCACUUCUGUUUGAAUGCAGAUCUUCAGAUCCAGUUGUUUGCAGCUCAAAUGGAGAGGCUUUUUGUUGAUCUGGAGGAGGAGCUUUUAGCUCACACAGACUCUGGCCAGGCUCCGUUCUCCUCCUCACUAUACAGCGGUUCUCUGCAGGAGGACUUCUCUCUCAAAUUUUCUUCUCUCAUUCAGGACAUUUUGCAGUCUGUACAGUGAGCUCCACUAAUACGUUAUAAUACAAGCAUCUGUUUACCAUAUAUACUUUAUAUAUGUAUGUGUGUAUGUAUAAAUAUAUAUAGUGUUUAUAGUGUAUAUAAGAUUUGUUGUACAGUAUUUUCAGUGCGUAGCUAUAAAUAUGAUUUGUUGAAAUUGUUGUGGUACGGUGUAAAGAUUUGUAUUAUAUCUAAUCUUUCCCUCUCACAUUUAAUUAUUUUAUGAAUCACAAAUAUUUUAAAUAACAUGCAAGCCUGUCUUCAGACAGCAUGAGGAUAUGCAAAUAUACAUUUUUUAAUGAACUUCACCCCAGGGUGAAGCCAAGGGAUAAAACCUCUUUGCUAAAAGGCAAAGGUGAAAACCAGAACACACACCGAGUUAUAUAUUUCAAGGAUUGUGCAUUUAAAAAAAAUGUAUUUAAAUAUUUUUUGCAUUUUAUUCAAAUACUGUACAGACAGCCCCAAAAUGAUCUCAAACGUAUUCAUCAUUUUCUGACACAAAUUAGCAAUUGAAGAAACAUUACUUCUUUAUGU